GCGGAGGCGUCAGCCGUGCACGGAGGAGCAGCGUCAUGGCGGCGUCCUCUCGGAGCGUCCGUGGUGUUUUCCGGCGGGCCGUGGUCCCGUCCAUAGUCGUAAUUUUGGGGGCCACUGGCACCGGCAAGUCCAAGCUGGCGAUCGAGAUCGGAAAGCGGCUUCAGGGCGAAAUAAUCAGCGCCGACUCAAUGCAGGUAUACCGGGGUCUGGACAUCAUCACCAACAAAGUGACACCUGAGGAAUGCGCUCAGUGCAAACAUCACAUGAUCAGCUUCAUGGACCCGCUGGUCAGCAACUACACGGUGGUGCAGUUCCGGAACAAAGCUCUGGCUCUCAUAGAAGAUAUGCACAGAGAAAACAAACUGCCCAUCAUUGUAGGCGGGACAAACUAUUACAUUGAGUCCCUGCUGUGGAAAGUGCUGGUGGACACAGGGCUGGGCGAGGACUUUGACGAAGGAGUAAAUGGAGCUUCAAAGAGAAAACUGGACUUGGAGAAACUUGAAGGAGCCAAGUUAUACGAGCGACUGAUGAAGGUGGACCCCAAAAUGGCCGCCAUGUUACAUCACAAUGACAUACGCAAGAUUUCCAGGAGUUUGCAAGUGCACGAAAAGACUGGGGUUCCUCAUAGUCGCUGGCUGGAGGAGCAGAGGGCGCAGGAUGGUGCCAAUGGACUUGGGGGGCCUCUGAGGUUCCCCGACCCGUGCAUUUUCUGGCUGCAUGCUAAGAUGGAUGUGCUGGACCAGCGGUUGGAUGCUCGUGUUGAUGAGAUGUUGUCUGCAGGACUCAUAGAGGAGCUCAGAGACUUUCACACUCGCUACAAUCAGCACAAAGUCCAGGAACACAGUCAGGACUAUCAACACGGGAUUUUCCAGUCUAUUGGCUUUAAGGAGUUCCACGACUACUUGACUGCUCCUGAAAGCAUCACCCAGCAGGAGAAGGAAGCCCUGCGAGACAAAGGUGUCGAAGCUUUGAAGAUGGCGACGAGGCGUUACGCCCGCAGACAGAACAAAUGGGUCCGCAGUCGCUUCCUUGAGCGACCAGGAGUGGGCGUGCCGGUGGUGUACGGUCUGGAUGUGACGGACGUAUCGAACUGGGAGACGAAAGUGCUGAACCCUGCGCUGCAGAUACUAGACCGACUCAGCAAGGGGGAGGAGCCAGAUGUGUUGCCAAUCAAAGUAGGAGGAGAAAAGACGAGAAACAAGCGGAGCCGCCACAUGUGCAAUAUGUGCGACAGAGUGAUCAUCGGUGACCUGGAAUGGAGCGCUCACCUCAAGUCCAAGACGCAUCACCACCAUGUGAAGAAAAAGCGGAGGUUGGAUGCGGUUUGUAACCAGGUCCAGAGUUCCUCAGAAGCCCCAGCUUCUGCUGGAGAGACUGUGCAACACCUCUCCAAGGACACUUCUACUAUUGUUGCCUCAGACUCCAGCGAACCCUCUCAGGAUUCAUCUCAGGACACCAUCACGACGCACAACAAACUCCCUGAGAUACUUUAGUAGGGCUGCAGAAUUUUGGGAGAUACAUAUGUUUUUAUUUUUUUAAUCUAUCCUGCUGCUGUUCUUAUGUGUGCACCUUUUAAUUUUAAUGCAGGAAUGCUACAUUCCUGCCUCACUGUUGUGCUGAAAUGAUUUCAGUAACAGUCUUGAACUAUGUGCAGCCAAAGAGUGAUGAUUCGUCGGACCCUAAACCCUGAAGUAUAAAAAUAAAUGUGCCUUAAAUGAGGUGCACGGCAGCUUGGCGUGACUGUUCCUGAGUUAAAGAUAUUUUUUCUUUGUCUCGAGCCACUUGUACCUUCAUCCAUUUGUUUUUUUAAAGAUGACAAAUAAA